AUGAUGUCUCUGCUUCUUCACAAGUGGAUGAGGAAUAUUUCACCGGAGAUGCUGCUGUUGGUGCAGAUCUUUUGUUUUUUACCUCUGACUGGAGCCGCUCCGUCCCAGACGACCGAGCAGCUGGACACCGGGGUGGACUGGCUGAGUAAGUUUGGCUACCUCCCGCCCCCUGACCCAGUGACUGGUCAGCUUCAGACCAAGGAGGCCCUGACCAAGGCCAUCAAAGCCAUGCAGAAGUACGGAGGGCUGAAGGAGACCGGAGUCUGGGACCAAGCCACAUUGGGCCUAAUGACAACACCCAGAUGUUCUUUACCAGAUGUCUCUGAGGCCGAGGUGACAGUCGGCCGCAGGAAACGAAGCCUGACUCCUCAGAACAAAUGGAACAAGAGACACCUGUCCUGGAGAGUGAGGACCUACCCUAAGGAUUCGGCCUCACUGGGCAGGGACACGGUCCGAGCCCUGAUGUACUACGCCCUGAAGGUCUGGAGUGACAUCGCACCGCUGAACUUCCAUGAAGUGGCCGGCAGUGACGCGGACAUUCAGAUCGACUUCACUAAGGCCGACCACAACGAUGGAUAUCCCUUUGACGGGCCAGGGGGAACGGUGGCGCACGCUUUUUUCCCCGGAGAGAGAUUCACAGCUGGGGAUACACACUUUGAUGAUGACGAGGCCUGGACCUUCAGAUCUCCAGAAUCUCAUGGGAUGGAUCUGUUUGCGGUUGCGGUCCAUGAGUUUGGUCACGCCAUCGGCCUGGUCCACACCUCAGCCAUAGAGUCCAUCAUGAGACCGUACUACCAGGGUCCUGUAGGAGACCCUCUGAAAUACGACCUACCCUAUGAAGACAAGGUCCGCGUCUGGCAGCUCUACGGUGUCAGAGACUCGGUGUCCCAUACAAACCGACCAGGCAACCCCUCCCAGACGGCUGAACCUCCUGUCCUGCUGGACCUUCCUGAAAACAGAUCCACCCUCCUGCUGGCUCGAGAUGCCCCAGACAGAUGCACCAGUCACUUUGAUGCAGUGGCCCAGAUACGAGGGGAGGCCUUCUUUUUCAAAGGGAAGUACUUUUGGCGACUAACAAGAGAGAAGGACCUGGUGUCUCUGCGUCCGGCUCAGAUCCACCGCUUCUGGAGGGGCCUCCCAACCAAUCUGGACAGUGUGGAUGCUGUUUAUGAGCGGCCUGGGGAUCACAAGAUAGUCUUCUUCAAAGGUCUAAAGUACUGGGUAUUUAAAGACAAUAACGUGGAGGAGGGCUACCCUCGUCCAAUCAGUGACUUUGGCCUGCCCUUGGAAGGAGUGGAUGCAGCCUUUGUGUGGUUACACAACGACAAAACCUACUUCUUCAAGGACAGCCACUACUGGCGCUACGAUGACCACCUGAGGCGUAUGGACCUGGGCUACCCCAAAGACAGCACGCUCUGGAAGGGGCUGCCAACACAGCUGGAUGACGCCAUGAGGUGGUCUGAUGGCUCAUCCUAUUUCUUCAAGGGGAAGGAGUACUGGCGAGUGCCGACCAGCGACAUGGAGGCGGAGGCCGGAUACCCGCGCCUCAUCGCUAAAGACUGGCUGCUGUGCACCGAGAUGCAGUCGGACUCUCCGGACUCAGAACCCAAAAGCACGGAGACGAGAGUCAACGUGCGCCAUCAGCCGGACCACGCGGAGAACGGGUACGAGGUGUGCUCCUGCACCUCUGACACCGCCUCGCCUUUGGGAGCGCGGCCCUCCCCGUCUCCCCUGUGGCUGCUGCCGCCUCUCUGGACGCUCUCGCUGGCCCUCCGCUCAGAACUGCUAUGAUGCCAAAGCACGGGACAAAGUUCCUGAGCUGAUUGGUGAAGGGCCAGUAGCCAGCUCAGUGGAAGCAUCUUCUUACAAUAUCUUUGGUAUCCUUUUGUUAUUUAUUUUACAGGUCGUUUGGUGGACACUGCCAGCUUAAGUAGUCAUGCGUAUAGACAUCAACCCACACAUGCUUUACAAAGUGUUUUCCUGAAUGGUUAGACUGCCUCAUAUGUGGAAGGAAAAAGUUAUAGAAAUGUAUUCCAAAUGCACUCAGUGUAAUUAUUGGUCUUCAUGUGCAGCAGAUGUACAGCUGAAAUGCCUCAUAAACAGGUAAGAUAAAGGUAUCCUUCAAUUUAAGCAGGCGCAAAGGUGAACAGCGUA